UCUCCUGUGUGUGACUCGUCACUGUUCACACGUGUUUAUCAGCGGUGUGAGGACAGAGUGUGAGGACAAAAGUGUGAGUUAUGAAGCCUUCAUGCGCUCUGAUCUUCGCUCUUCUCCUGCUGUGCACGCGGGCCGAGCCCGAGGUGGCUGAGGAGAAUCCCAGCACAGAGGACAAAACCCACAGUGAGACUGAGACUGAGAAAAAGGAAAAGACAGAUGAAAUUUCUGAGGAGAAGAAUGUCCUGGUGCUGCAUGAGGAGAACUUCGCGAGGGCUCUGAGUGAGAACACGUACCUGCUUGUGGAAUUCUACGCUCCGUGGUGUCGCCACUGUCAGGCCCUCGAGCCGGUUUACGCCGAAGCCGCAGCACAGCUGAAGAACCAGUCCUCUCCUGUACGACUGGCCAAGGUCGACGCGACGGAGGAGAAGGAACUUGCUAAAGAGUUUGAGGUCAACAACUUUCCGACACUGAAAUUGUUCACGGAAGGCCGCAGACAGAAUGCCACCGAGUUUACAGGAAAGCGCAAUGUUAAGGGGAUUAUAGAGUGGCUGCAGCGGCGCAUGGGACCGAGCGCUGCUCUUCUGAAGGACUACGCAGCCGCUCAGGAGCUGCUCGAUGCACACAGUGUGGUCGUGGUCGGAUUCUUUAAGGACUUGGAAGGAGAGAAAGCCAAAAUGUUUAAUGAUAUUGCGCUGGACAUCGUGGACGUUAACUUCGGCAUCACAAGCAGUCCUGAGCUCUUCGAGAAGUACAAAGUAGAAAAGGAAUCCGUCGUGCUUUUCAAAAAGUUCGAUGACAAGCGAGCAGACAUGCCUCUGUCUGAGGAGGACAAGCUGGACAAGGAUGAGCUCGUCUCGUUCAUCAAGACCAACAGCCUUGAGCUCAUUAUUGAGUUUAAUGAAGAGAAUGGAGACAAGAUCUUUUCUAAUAAAGUCCACAACCACCUUCUUCUCUUCAUCAACACCAGCACUGAGUCCCACAAUGCUCUGCUGGAGGUCUACAGAGCCGUAGCCAAGGACUUUAAAGAGAAAAUCCUGUUCGUCAAGAUAGACAUCACCACAGAUGUUUCCCAUGUGCUAAACUAUUUUGGUCUGUCUGCGAGUGAAGCCCCAGUUCUCCGUUUGAUUAACACCGACACACUGAAGAAGUUCGCCAUGGCAGAAACAGCCAUCGACAAGGACACGCUGAAAACCUUCUGUCAGGACGUACUGGAUGGCAAAAUCAAGCCUCAUUUGAAGAGUGAAGACAUUCCCGAGGACUGGGAUAAGAAUCCUGUCAAAGUCCUCGUGGGAAAAAACUUUGAACAAGUCGUCUUUGAUGAAACCAGGAACGUCUUUGUGGAAUUCUAUGCCCCUUGGUGUGGCCACUGUAAGGAACUUGCCCCUGAAUGGGAAAAGCUUGGGGAAAAGUACAAGGACCAUGAAAACAUCAUCAUAGCCAAGAUGGAUGCCACGGCCAAUGACGUAGAGGACGUGACGGUGCAGGGUUAUCCCACCCUGAAAUAUUUUCCAGCAGGGACUGAGAGGAAGGUGAUUGAUUAUAACGGAAGCAGGGAUUUGGAGACGUUUGUUAAAUUCCUGGAUAACGGUGGAGUAUUGCCAGAGGAAGAAGACGAUGAGGAUGAAGAUGAGGACCAGGAAAGCAAAGAUGAGGUCUCAAGUGAAUCCACAGAAGAGUCAGAGAAAGCGUCGAACACAUCCAGCAGCAAAGACGAGCUCUGAAAACAUCUCCCACAUGAACUAACGCUGAUUCAGAUCUGUGUGAAACUACCGAAACUGUAUUAUCUGUUUAUGGAUAAGAAUAAAUUCAAUUCUUCGUGGUCUUUCCUUACAUUCCAUUCAAUCUCAGUCAUCUGACUUGGGAAAAGCAUCGAUCAUGUACAACAUGUUGUUUGAUAUAAAAUGAAUAAAAAACACCCGCUGGUUGCCGUCUAAA